CCCGCCCCGCCCCGCUCCGCCGUGAGGGCGGGGAAAGGCCGCCGCCAUCUCCGGGUACCGCCGCCCGGGCAGCCGGCUGGGCCGGGCAGCCGGGCACGCCGUGGGGCCAUGAGGAGCCGCAGCAACUCGGGGGUGCGCCUGGACGGCUAUGCCCGCCUGGUCCAGCGGACCAUCCUCUGCCACCAGAACCCAGUGACGGGGCUGCUUUCAGCUGGGGCGGACCAUAAGGAUGCCUGGGUGCGGGACAACAUCUACAGCAUCCUGGCCGUGUGGGGGCUGGGAAUGGCGUAUCGGAAGAAUGCGGACCGGGAUGAGGAUAAAGCCAAAGCCUACGAGCUCGAGCAGAACGUUGUGAAGCUGAUGCGGGGACUCUUGCAGUGCAUGAUGAGACAGGUAGAUAAGGUAGAGAAGUUCAAACGCACUCAGAGUACCAAAGACUGCCUCCAUGCCAAGUAUAACUCUGCAACUUGUGCCACAGUGGUUGGGGAUGACCAGUGGGGGCAUCUACAAGUGGAUGCAACUUCCCUCUAUCUGCUCUUCUUGGCACAGAUGACUGCAUCAGGGCUACGUAUUAUCUUCACCCUUGAUGAAGUUACCUUUAUCCAGAAUCUUGUUUUUUACAUAGAAGCUGCCUACAAAGUUGCUGAUUAUGGAAUUUGGGAACGUGGUGAUAAGACAAACCAAGGAAUUCCUGAACUGAACGCGAGCUCCGUAGGGAUGGCCAAAGCUGCUUUGGAAGCAAUUGAUGAACUAGAUCUUUUUGGAGCUCAUGGAGGACACAAAUCAGUGAUUCAUGUUCUUCCUGAUGAAGUGGAACACUGCCAGUCUAUUCUGUAUUCCAUGUUGCCAAGGGCAUCCACGUCGAAGGAGAUAGAUGCUGGCCUUCUGUCUAUUAUUUCUUACCCAGCUUUUGCAGUGGAGGAUGUAAACCUUGUUAAUGUGACCAAGAGUGAAAUCAUAUCCAAAUUGCAGGGCCGCUAUGGCUGCUGUCGCUUUCUCCGAGAUGGUUACAAGACUCCCAGAGAGGAUCCAAGCAGGCUGCACUAUGAUCCUGCUGAGCUCAAGCUCUUUGAGAAUAUUGAAUGUGAGUGGCCAGUAUUCUGGACAUACUUCCUAAUUGAUGGAAUAUUUAAUGAGGACAAGAUCCAGGUACAAGAGUACAGAGAGGCUCUGGAAGGAAUACUUAUAAGAGAGAAGAAUGGAUUAGUGCUAAUGCCUGAACUGUAUGCAGUCCCUCCAGAAAAGGUGGACGAGGAGUAUGAAAAUCCUCACUCGGUGGAUCGUGUUCCAAUGGGAAAGUUGCCCCAUCUUUGGGGCCAAUCAUUGUAUGUCCUGAGCUGCCUGUUAGCAGAGGGAUUUCUUGCUGCAGGUGAAAUUGAUCCAUUAAACAGGAGAUUUUCCACAGGAUUUAAACCUGAUGUUGUGGUACAAGUGACUGUUUUGGCAGAAUCUAAUCAAAUUAAGAAUCUGUUGCAAGACCAUGGAAUCAGUGUUCAGAGCAUUGCUGAUAUCCAUCCACUCAGGGUGCAGCCAGCUCGCAUCCUCAGCAACCUCUACACCAUGCUGGGCCGGAACAAGAACAUGAAAUUAAGUGGCCGACCACACCGACACAUAGGAGUGUUGGGCACCUCCAAGCUCUACGUGAUAAGAAAUCAAAUAUUUGCUUUUACCCCUCAGUUUACUGACCAGCAUCACUUCUACCUGGCUCUAGACAAUCAGAUGAUUGUAGAGAUGCUCAAGACAGAGCUCGCUUACCUCACUUCUUGCUGGAGGAUGACAGGGAGACCAACCUUGACAUUUCCCAUCACCCACACAAUGCUUGUUGAUGAUGGUACUGACAUUCAUCCAGCAGUUCUUGCCACAAUAAGAAAAUUAGAAGAUGGUUAUUUUGGAGGUGCAAGGGUGAAGAUAGGCAAGCUAUCAGAAUUUCUUACUACUUCUUUUCAUACCUAUCUGAGCUUCCUGGAUCCAGAUUGUGACCUAAAACUGUUUGAUGACCGUAAUGACAACUGUAAUAGCCCUGACAGUGAAUAUGGAGACUACCCAGCAGAUUUCUGUGAAAAAGAUAGCCAGGAUGAGCUGGAUCAGUAUAUAAAUGAUGUCCUGCAGAGCACAGCCCUGAAGUCAUACCUGCCUCCAACUUCAAAGACAACGAGUGAACCACCUGUGUUCAGUGCAAACAAUUCCACAGAAGAGAUACUGUCAAUAAUGGCCAAGACAAAGGGCUUGGAAGUUCCAGCCGUGUCUAUGUCUCUUCCCACUAAAGUUCUGAACACACACCGAAAGUCUCUGAAUCUUGUUGAUAAUCCUCAUUUCUUUGGGACAAAGGACCAUGAAAAUGUUUUGCACUUACCUAAAGAUGCUCAUGGUGAUUUGGAUUGCAGGAAGCUUGUUGACCAGCUGAAGGAAUGUCCAACACUCCAUGAUCAAGCAGAUAUCUUGUAUAUCUUGCAUAUACUCAAAGGUGCUGACUGGGACACAGAGCUGGAUGGACAGUAUGGUGUCACUGUUCACUGCCUCCUCAAUGAGCUCUACAGAAAGGCAGGCCUCAAUCAGGAAUGGGGCUUAAUCCGUUACAUUUCUGGCAUACUCAAAAAGAGACUUGAAGUCCUGGCUGAGGCAUGCACAGACCUUCUGUCACACCACAAGCAACUUACAGUGGGCCUACCACCAGAACCCCGUGAGAAAAUCAUUACCACCCCACUGCCCCCUGAGGAGCUCACAGAUCUCAUUUACGAAGCCAGUGGCCAAGACAUCAGUAUUGCAGUCCUGACACAGGAGAUAAUUAUGUACUUGGCGAUGUACGUCCGGUCACAGCCCAGUCUUUUUGUGGAGAUGCUCAGGCUCCGCAUUGGUCUGAUAAUCCAGGUGAUGGCCACUGAGCUGGCACGAAGUCUGAAAUGCUCAGGUGAAGAAGCUUCAGAGAGCUUGAUGAAUCUAAGCCCCUUUGAUAUGAAAAGUCUCCUGCAUCAUAUUCUCAGUGGGAAAGAGUUUGGAGUGGAAAGAAGCUUGCGACCUGUAGAUUCUUCUUCAUCCAGCCCUGCAAUUUCUAUUCAUGAGAUGGGGCAUUCUGGAGCAACCAAAACAGAAAGAAGUGGUAUUACUAAAUUGAAGAGUGAGAUGAAGCAGUUCUUUCAUGAGGGUCACUCCAUGUCCAGCAGCAUGUUUGCUUCUACGAGGGGCAGUACUCCAUCCUCUCCCACCAGUACUUCUCCGAGUGGCUCCAGUGGAGACAUGAGCUGGGGCGACAGAAAAGGGCAGUGGCUGCGCAGAAGGAGGCUUGAUGGUGCUAUUAACAGAGUUCCCGUUGGCUUUUAUGAGAAAGUGUGGAAAAUCCUUCAGAAGUGCCAUGGUCUGUCCAUUGAUGGGUAUGUCCUUCCUUCUUCAACCACCAGAGAGAUGACCCCGUGCGAAAUCAAGUUUGCAGUGCACGUGGAGUCAGUGCUGAACCACGUCCCCCAGCCCGAGUACAGGCAGCUCCUGGUGGAAGCUAUUCUCGUCCUGACGUUCCUCUCUGACAUCGAGGUGAACAGCAUCGGGGGCAUCAUCCACGUGGACAGAAUCGUGCACAUGGCCAAUGACCUGUUUCUGCAGGAGCUGAAAUCAUUUGGAGCUACUGGUAGUAUCUUGGAGAAAGACACAGCCACAGGAAUUUGCCACUUUUUUUAUGAUAGUGCUCCCAGUGGAGCCUAUGGCACCAUGACUUACCUAACAAAAGCCAUAAUUAUUUAUUUACACGAUUUCCUGCCCAGCACAGGCUGUGCAAUGCAGUAAGUGAUGCCUCACAUGGUAGGAAAGGCUCCGAGGCUCUUCCUCCCCAGUUCCCUGUCAUGAACACCUUGGUUGCUGCCUCUGUGUGUGCCAUGCACUCACUCAGCAUUUGGCACUGCUGGAGAUGCUCUGUGCACAUCUACUGCUGGGGACAGGGAGCCGGAAUUUGGCCUGGUUUUAGAAGAGUGUGUGAGAAAUAACAAAUAAUGAGGGUUAUUCUGCCCAAAGUGCAUAAAUGUAAUUCAUAUUAAAUUAGCAAGAAUUAUACAGUUCUGCCAAGGGGGAAACAGAUUACUCUGUGGAGAUCAAAAGGCAUAAUAAAACAAGGGAGCUGCAUCUUGGGCACAGAGUCUCACAAAUAAGGGAAGUGAUGGAAUUCAUUAAUUUUUCUCCUGUUGUGUGUAAAUGUACAUCGUUGUGAAUCACUAAUGCACAGUAUGAAACAUCCAGGGAAAUUGAAAUUAGAGGAGUAAGAAUUACUUGAAAUGAUGUGGUGAUAUUUCUAAUACACUUUUAUCCUGAUUCUCUACUCAUUUGCACCUAGUCAGUGCAGGGCUAAUGCCAGUAGGGACAAACAUCUUACAGUAUCCACUAAUUUGGGAGGAUGGCCUCUGUCAGGAAGCCGCAUCUGUCUUUAAUCUGAAUAGCUUCCUUCCCUGCAUCCCCAAGACUUUGGAGGCAAAAUCUCAAGACUCCAGCUUCUCCAGUGUGACAGACAGUUUUAUGCCUGUAAUCCUUUCCUCUGAAUGGAGCAAGAUAAACCUCAUCCACUUGAGCACCAUUUCCAAGUCUCCUGAUCAUUUCCCUUGCAAACAGCCUCAGAGUUAAGAAUGGCAUAAUUGUGCCUUUUCCAGUGUAGCAUGAGUUUAUGGAAGGCUUUGAUGUUUCUCUUUAGUUUUUUUUUCUUUUCUCUUCUUUUUAUUUCCUUUUCAAUUUUUUCUUUUUCUUCUUUUUAGUUUGAAGUCAUACUGGUCUCAUGUAAUUAGGGGUUGGGCUGCCUGGAAGUCUUCCUGCAGACAGUUCCCAGGUUAAUGCUGUCAGUUGGAGGCUCUGAUGUGCUGCAGGGAGUAGAUGCAUCCUGCAUGGAAAUGACUCCAUGGCCAUUUAAACUGAAAACAGUUUGGCAGCCUCUGGAGAGGAAAACUAUGUCUUACCCCAGGCACUGGCUGUGGUUUUCCUUGUGCCUGUGCUGCUGGCUUUGCCACCAGCCACAUGUCAGCAUCUGACUAACAGCUUAGGAAAGUGGUAGUAACUUCAGCAUCCCAUGGCCACAAACAGGCUCCCUCAGUAGCACUGCUGCUAUGUGAGCAGAAAGGAUCAGAGUAAUUCUGUCUUGCCAGGUAGAGGUGAAAAGAGCAGAUAGGCCUGUAAAAAUAAGUACUUUCUGAGCUAUAUAAGCCUGACAGCCUGCCUGCUGUCCCUCUACACAGUCACUGCUCUAUAGCAGUAUCUGGGAUCUGACUCAAGAGAGUGUACGUGUAGGAGGCCUUAGUGUGAGGUGAUUUAAUGUUUUUUUCAGAGACCAGAGGAGUUUGGUAGUCCAGAGGACCAGGAGCCCUGUUACCCACCAUGGGAACCAUGGGCCUGUGCAGGGGCCAGUAUAAAGUGACAGCUCAGAUACAAUUAGCACUUGGGUGUGGAAGUUAUUUUAUUGGCGUGGUGCCUGUUUUGUAAGGGUUUGCCUUUGUUAUGGUUUGGUGUGGGUUUUUUAAACUUUUCAUGUGUAUUAUGAGAGCUCACUUGGCUUGUUUCCCAGUGAAAGGAAGUAAAAUCCUUUGUCUAGUUUAAGCAGAUGUGAUAGUGCAGAGCAUAAGCACAACAAGAGCAUGGUGAUGGUUUUUUUAUUCUACUCAGUAUCAUACAAAAAGUAGUAGCAGUUAUUUUUGCUUUUCUUCUUGAAUCCUAGAUUGAGAGAGAUGCAAGAUGACUUUUUGCUUAGACUUCUAAUUUUUUUUUUUUUUACCUACUGUGUGAAUUUCUUUUCAGAAACAAGAAGGCUGAUGUUGGUUUUCCAUGCAGCUGCAUUGAAGUCUAAAGCAAUGAAAUGUAUGGCCUAACAUACCUGGACACCCUUUAAGACUUCUUUGUUUUUAAAUGGGAGUGUCAUUGGUGUCUUUACUAUCAAAUUCACAGUAUGACCUAGGUUAUGGUAUAUUCAUGACGAUCACGAUGAAUUACCACGUGGAAUGCAGGCAAUUGGAAAGUGUUUAUGUGGUAAUUUGAAGAGUUUAGGUAUCUAUCUGGUGGUGAAGAGUGGUACUCAAAGACAAGGCCAGUGGAAAGCAAACUUGUGUUACUUGCAGGGUCAGGCACAGCUGCACCUUGCUGCUGUGUUACUGCUCAGAGCAAAGAACCAUUGCAACUGGAGAGUGCCUUGCAGUGCAAACCCAUUUAUGUAAAUAAGGUUUUACACAGACCCCCUGCUUUGCUGAGGAGCCCCUGUGUGUGUGAGGCUGCUGCAAAGCAGAGCUGGCACUGGCAGUGGCCAGGGUGUGCUCCCACAUAAAAUGCAGGACGACUUUGCAGUUUGUGCAGGGCUGAGCUAAUUGCCAGAGACUCUCCAUGGUUGUGCAGCUUCCCUCGGGAGCCAGCAGAGGAUGGCACUGCCAGCUCCCAAUCCCUGGAAACUCAUUUAUGGAAAGAAGGCAAAGGUGAACAGACCUGUCCUGUGCCUCAGAAAAAAAGGGCAUUAGUGAAUUAAAACAGAUUCACCUGAGAGCUGCUCAUGCCAGCCUGAUGGGCCCUGCUGCCCCCAAGCAGUUUGCAGCUGUGGCAUCAGGAGCCCCCACACAGUGCUGGGGGCAGCUGGGUGUGCCUGGAGACAGGCAUGGGGCUGGGGGGAGGAGCUGGCAGGAUAAGGACCUGUGUCCAGCUAAGAGCUCAUGCCACAUGCUGGCCCCAGCCCAGCUCCCCAGCCCAGUGUCCCCCCUGCUCACACUGUUGCCUUCCCUCUGCUGUGACAGGGACGUGGGUUUGUCAGACUAGACAGAUCAAAAGUGCCACUGAUCUCCCUCCGCUGCUGGUCCCACAGGUAACUGUGAAAACUGAAUGGGUGGAGUACAAAGUUUGUCUGGCUUCUCUCCUGCUAACUGUAGUCUCCUUUCUCAGGGAAAGAGUCCCGCUUGUUCCUGGAAGGUGCAGGUGAGCCACACAGUCCUUGGCUGCCCUGCAAAAGGGCAGCCACUUUCUGUGGGGUAGUGAAACACCUGGCCUGCCACAUGUGGACAUGGGACACUGCAGGAAUAUGUCACCCCUCUGGCAGUAGCCAGGGCCUUGAGUGAAGGGGAGCUUGAGUCAGUCCAAGUCCAACCUUGGGCACUUUUUGGAGUGGUCAGCAGGCAGGAGCAGAGUUGCCCAGAAAGCAGGAGAGAGAGGUUACCAGUGGUGGCACCUGUAGCUGUAGGGUGAGAGCUUGGCACUCUGCAGGCUGAUUCAAGUGCUGCUUAAAGGACCACUCACAUCUAGAAUAUUAAGUAGCUGCUGCAUAGAAUCAUGACUGAAAAGGGAUUGAGGAUGUGGGUUAUAGAAUCAGUUUGGAUUUAAGUACAAGCAGCAGGGCUUUUUCCCACUCACAGUUUCAGUCUCAUGUGGCAUUUAUUCCCAGCAUUAGAUGUUUCACAGUUAUUCCCCCUGCCACCCCCCUUCUGUCAGGGGCCAGAGGGCUCUUUGUGCCAUCAGCAGCUGACAGGACAGGCUUUCUUUUUUGGCUCAAUGAUUGAGCUCCUCUCAUACCUCAGUCCUGCAUCCCCAAAAGGCUCUCCCUGCCUGCUGAGUGAAGCUGUGCUAUGACUGUACCUUGGCAUCCCCUCUUAGGAAGUGAUCUCUCGAGGCCAGUCCCCUUCAUGCCAGGUUCAGGAGUGUGUCCUUUGUGGGGGACAUCUACACUGGAAGCUGCCAGCCAUCCUUCAGAGCUCCUGUGUCUCAUUGUACAGCCUAGCUUUGUCCUCUUUACUGGGGCAGGUGCAAAAGGGGGACUCCAGAGCUGCAGUGUCCAGUUCCACCUUGCACUUCACACCCACCACAUGGAAGCCAACAGUGGGAAGCAAGAUCCCACCACACACAGAGAUGUUUGGUCAUUGUAAGUGGAGCCUUUUUUGUAAAUCCACUGGAAUACGGUGGGACUGAUCAUCACAGUGCAUAGAUCAGAAUAACUGCAUGCUAAAAAUAUACAUUAUGUAUUACCAAUGCCAUUAAAGUUUCACUGUAAAUUUUG